AUGGCGUCCCCGCUGAGGGAGGACGAGGAGGAGGAGGAGGAGAUGGCGGUGUCCGAGGGGGACGAGGAGGACGACGAUGAGGAGGACGACGAGGAAGAGGAGGAGGAAGACCCCCCCGCGCCCGCCGCGCCCGGGCCGCCGGAGGCGCCCGCAGAUGGUGACGAGGAGCUGCUGCGGGGCCUCGAGGGGGCCCUGGGGGUGAAGAAGAAGAAAAGGGGCCCCCGGAAACAGAAGGAAAACAAACCCGGGAAACCCCGGAAAAGGAAAAAACUGGUGAGCGAGGAUGAGCUGGAAUCAGAACGGGAUGAUUACCCACGCGAGGAGUACCGGGAGAAGUCGGAGAGCGGCGGCAGCGACUCGGGCGGGGCCACGCGGAAGCGGCGGCGGAAGCACCGCGAGAAGAAGGAGAAGAAAACCAAGAGGAGGAAAAAGGCCGAUGAUGAGGGGGGGCAGAAGGUCAAGGCGGUGGAGCAGAAAUCCUCGGCGCAGCUGCUGGGGGCCUGGGGGCUGGAGGACGUUGACCACGUGUUCACCGAGGAGGAUUAUCACACCCUCACCAACUACAAGGCCUUCAGCCAGUUCAUGAGGCCCCUGAUCGCCAAGAAGAACCCCAAAAUCCCCAUGUCCAAGAUGAUGACCAUCCUGGGGGCCAAGUGGAGGGAGUUCAGCGCCAACAACCCCUUCAAGGGCUCGGCCGCCGCCGUGGCCGCGGCUGCAGCAGCCGCAGCGGCCGCAGUGGCCGAGCAGGUGUCGGCUGCCGUGGCCGCCGUGGCCCCCGAGGCUCCGCCCCCGCCCCUGCGCAAGGCCAAGACCAAGGAGGGCAAAGGUUGGGACCCCUCCCCACCCUCGGGGGGGUUGGGUUUUAUUUGGGGGAGCGAGGACGCCGGGGAGGCCGAGGAGGAGUCGGACGCCGAGAGCCCCGGGGUGCUGGGGGCCACGCCCCGCCCCGACCCCACCACGCGCCUCAAGAAACUCAAACGGGGCCGCCCCGGGCGCAAGAAGAAGAAAGGGCCUGGCCCGGAGGAGGAGGGCGAUGGCUACGAGACGGACCACCAGGACUACUGCGAGGUGUGCCAGCAGGGCGGGGAGAUCAUCCUGUGUGACACCUGUCCCCGAGCCUAUCACCUGGUGUGCCUGGACCCCGAGCUGGACCGCGCCCCCGAGGGCCGCUGGAGCUGCCCCCACUGCGAGAAGGAGGGGGUGCAGUGGGAGGCGAAGGAGGAGGAGGAGGAGGAGGAAGAGGAGGAGGAGGAGGGCGAGAAGGAGGAGGAAGAUGACCACAUGGAGUACUGCCGGGUGUGCAAGGACGGCGGGGAGCUGCUGUGCUGCGACGCCUGCUGCCCGGUGCUGAAGGGGCGGGUACAGAAGAUCCUGUACUGGCGCUGGGGGGAGCCCCCCGCCCCCGUGGCGCCCCCCGGGACCCCCCAGGCCCAGGAGGGGCCCCCCCAGGCCCUGCAGGGCCGAUCCGAGCGAGAGUUCUUCGUCAAGGAGGUGUUCAUGGGGGAGGACCCGGCCCAGCCCCGGCGUUACAAGAAGAAGAAGAAGGAGACGCCGGGGGAGGGACCCCCCGAGUCCCCCACCAACGACCCCACGGUGAAGUACGAGACGCAGCCGCGCUUCAUCACGGCCACAGGUGGGACGCUGCACCUGUACCAGCUGGAGGGGCUCAAUUGGCUGCGCUUCUCGUGGGCCCAGAGCACCGACACCAUCCUGGCCGACGAGAUGGGGCUGGGCAAAACCAUCCAGACCAUCGUCUUCCUCUACUCGCUCUACAAGGAGGUGAGCCUGGGGCACCCGCGGGCCACCUGCCUGGGGUGUGUUUCGGGGUGUCCCCAGUGUGUUCUGGGGUGCCCAGGUGUGUUUUGGGGUGCCAGCUCCGUGUCCCCGCAGUUUUUCCGGGUGCUGAACGGGUACAAGAUCGAGCACAAGCUGCUGCUGACGGGGACCCCGCUGCAGAACAACCUGGAGGAGCUGUUCCACCUGCUCAACUUCCUGACACCUGAGCGCUUCAAUAACCUGGAGGGUUUCCUGGAGGAGUUUGCUGACAUCUCCAAGGAGGAUCAGAUCAAGAAGCUCCAUGACCUGCUGGGUCCCCACAUGCUGCGGCGCCUCAAGGCCGACGUCUUCAAGAACAUGCCGGCCAAGACCGAGCUCAUCGUGCGCGUGGAGCUCAGCCCCAUGCAGAAGAAGUACUACAAGUACAUCCUGACGCGGAACUUCGAGGCCCUGAACUCGCGGGGCGGGGGGAACCAGGUGUCGCUGCUCAACAUCAUGAUGGACCUCAAGAAGUGCUGCAACCACCCCUACCUGUUCCCCGUGGCUGCCAUGGUGGGCACCUGGGGACACCGGGGACAUCGAGGGG